GGCUCAGUCAGAUUAAAGAAUCUUGAGUCGCGUUUGUUCUUAACUACAAAGGCUGCUUUAUUACUUAAUUAUCAAAAUGAGGGAAUGUAUCUCCGUACACGUUGGACAGGCAGGAUGUCAGAUGGGAAAUGCCUGCUGGGAACUCUACUGCCUGGAGCAUGGUCUUCAGCCUGAUGGUUUAAUGCCCUCAGACAAGAGUGCUGCUGGAGGAGAUGAUAGUUUCAGCACUUUCUUCUCGGAGACCGGAGCUGGAAAGCAUGUUCCCAGGGCUGUGUUCAUCGAUCUGGAGCCGACUGUUAUUGAUGAGAUAAGAACUGGAACUUAUCGUCAACUGUUCCACCCUGAACAGAUGGUGACUGGUAAGGAGGAUGCCGCCAACAACUACGCUAGAGGUCACUACACUGUUGGCAAGGAGAUUGUUGAUCUUGUUCUUGACAGAAUCAGGAACUACUAUUCAAACGUUAUCAAAAUGAGGGAAUGUAUCUCCGUACACGUUGGACAGGCAGGAUGUCAGAUGGGAAAUGCCUGCUGGGAACUCUACUGCCUGGAGCAUGGUCUUCAGCCUGAUGGCAUGAUGCCAUCAGACAAGAGUGUUGCGGGUGGUGAUGACAGCUUUAGCACCUUCUUCUCUGAGACAGGAGCAGGAAAGCAUGUCCCCAGGGCUGUAUUCAUUGAUCUGGAGCCGACUGUUAUUGAUGAGAUAAGAACUGGAACUUAUCGUCAACUAUUCCACCCUGAACAGAUGGUGACUGGUAAGGAAGAUGCCGCCAACAACUACGCUAGAGGUCACUACACUGUUGGCAAGGAGAUUGUUGAUCUUGUUCUUGACAGAAUCAGAAAGUUGGCAGAUCAAUGCACUGGUCUCCAGGGAUUCUUGAUCUUCCACUCCUUCGGUGGAGGAACUGGAUCAGGGUUCACAUCUCUUCUCAUGGAGAGAUUAUCUGUUGAUUAUGGAAAGAAGUCCAAGCUAGAGUUCUGUAUCUAUCCUGCUCCACAGGUAUCAACAGCUGUUGUUGAACCUUACAACUCCACCCUGUGUGCUCACACUACCCUGGAGCACUCUGACUGUGCCUUCAUGGUAGAUAAUGAAGCUAUCUAUGAUAUCUGCAGACGUAACCUUGAUGUUGAACGUCCCUCCUACACCAACCUGAACAGGUUGAUCAGUCAGAUCGUAUCCUCCAUUACUGCUUCUCUAAGGUUUGACGGAGCCUUGAAUGUUGAUCUGAAUGAGUUUCAGACUAACUUGGUUCCAUAUCCAAGAAUCCACUUCCCUCUGGUAACCUAUGCUCCUAUUAUCUCUGCUGAGAAGGCUUAUCAUGAGAGCUUGUCUGUAGCUGAGAUUACUAAUGCUUGCUUUGAACCUGCCAAUUCCAUGGUCAAGUGUGAUCCUAGGCAUGGUAAGUAUAUGGCAUGCUGCAUGCUGUACAGAGGAGACGUGGUACCCAAAGAUGUCAACGCUGCUAUUGCCACAAUCAAGACCAAGAGGAGCAUUCAGUUUGUGGAUUGGUGUCCCACAGGGUUCAAAGUUGGAAUCAACUAUCAGCCUCCUACUGUUAUUCCAGGAGCUGAUCUUGCCAAGGUGCAAAGAGCUGUGUGCAUGUUGUCCAACACUACAGCUAUUGCUGAGGCCUGGGCUAGACUAGACCACAAGUUUGAUCUGAUGUACGCCAAGAGAGCUUUCGUCCAUUGGUAUGUUGGAGAAGGUAUGGAGGAGGGUGAGUUCUCUGAAGCUAGGGAGGAUAUGGCUGCUCUGGAGAAGGAUUAUGAAGAGGUUGGAAUGGAUUCCAAUGAUGCUGAGGAGGGAGAAGGAGAUGAAUACUGAUACUUCAAUUAUUUUCUAAUGUGCCAAGCUUUGCUUUUAACUUGAACAUUUUGCCUUAAAAUUACUGGUGAAUGAGUCUAUAUACUCAAUAAGAUUAAUAAGAUUAAGAUGUUUAUUUUUAUCAUUUCAGAA